AGCGCCCGCUAUGGACUGUGCGCCAGCGCCUCCUCCGCCUGCACAGCAUGGCCACGUCUGGCGCGGGUUCGCAGGUGUCUGUCGCUGCUAGCGCCGUAUCUGCGGCCGCAGCCCAAGUCGAGGACCACAAGGCACACGCGAUGGUUGUGGAGUUCAAUGCCCAGGUGGCUCUGUUCCGCGACCUGCUGAUCCACGUCGGACAGCCCAAGGACUGCCCAGACCUGAGAGAGCGCAUCCGCAAGCAGCGAAGGACCUGCGUGGAAACGUGCCGCCACACGAGUCAGCUGCUGCUUCCCGCAGUCCGCAGCGCUGUGGCGGAGGGCAUCCCCGCAGACAACCCGCACCUGGUGCUGCUGUUCUUCAUCUCGCAGCUGCUGCUGAGAGAGCUCGACAAGUGUCGACGGCUCGUGCAGGUGGUGCCCAUGGAUAUGUCCAGUCUGUAUGAAAACCGACCAGGACCGUCCAAUCUUGGGAAUGUUAUAAGUCAGCUCCUCCUAUGUAAAACCAUCACACCUGACUUCAACCAGGAAGAGCUGUGCAGUAUAGCAAAGGACUCGCAGGAUGUUCUGAAGCUACUGCAGGACAUGCAAGAAUAUCUCCCUAAGUUGGAAGCAGGCACCGAGCGCAGCUCGGCGCUGCAGCAGGCGGCGGACGGCCGCGGCAGCGCGGGCACCAGCCGCGCCGCCGACCAGUGGACGCUGAAGGCGCCUCCGGGCUCUGCGGGCCUCUACAGCAAGGUGGGCUCCCUCUGCUGCCUCUGCAGCCGGCCGCACUACCUGUGA